UCUGUACAUUUUAGAAUUAGAUGGUUUUUUUAAACUCAUGAACACAUGCAACAUCUAGAAAAUCUACAUACAUAUCACUGAAACUGUAACAUUGCAUUAAAUCUCUAACAGGGAACAAGAUAUUACAUCAUCAAUAGCUUCAUAAUAAUACAAACUCUGAUAGGCUUGUUAAAAUGUGCCAUCAAGAAAGGUCUUCCAUUAGUUAGAUUAGAUGUCCCUGUAGCAGAUUGUUAAACUGCCUCUAGCUGCCAAAAAUCUAUAAAUGGAGAUUUAUUUAUUAAGAACACAGCUUGAACCUUCAAGUCAGUUUCAGUCUGGGUACCCCCAGGCUUUUAUUUUGAAGGGUCAGUGUGCCCAGCCCCCGGUACUGUGCGCUGGUGUUGUGCUGCGGAGUGAACGCAGCUGGUGCCGGUGAGUGUGAAGCGCUGACAGGACGCUGCUGGAGAGGAGCCGACGUCGCACACAGCGCAGUGAAGUGUGUCUGCUACAGCGAACACAACACUGGAUUACCAUCAUAGAGAGGGCUCUCCAGAAGAGGGCAGCAUAAGACCAGGCUCAGCUCCCAUUCAUUCAGGUCCUCGAGCGGUCUGUGCUGUCAGGAUCACUCCUCUGACGACCAUGAAAGGCUCUCCUGACCUGAUCCCUUCUGCAGAUUUGGACCCCAGCAGAGUGUGCAAAGGGAAAGGAGUAGUGACUCUGAGGGCCACCCUCGUCCACAUAGACGAUGAGGGCCUCAUCAGCGAAGAGCCAAAUGUCAUCACAGUGCCAAGUGACUGGACGAGCCAGAUUAAUGGAGACAGCUCUAAAGCAGGACUGGCUGAAGGAGGCAGCGACACCACGGCUGAUUUACCUCCUUUAAACAACACUCAGUGCCAGCCAAACUUACCCCAAAGCAUACAAGAACAUCAGUCUCCAUCCGCUGACAUUCAGAUCUGCACCACGUCAUCAUCAGGCUCUGUUUACCCCUGCACCAGUACAGUUAACCCCACCAUAGUUCUGCUACAACACAACAGAGAGAAGCAAAAGCAUUUCUCUCAGUUUGAAGACACGACACCAGAAAGAGACGGAAGUCCCGAUCCUGGGAGGGACUCAGUCAGUCCAGUCCCUGAUAUGGACUGGAAAAGACUGCGGCUGUCACUGAACUCUCCUGUUUUAGGUCCUCUGAACAAACCCAUUGUGCCUACACGAAACACCGAAAAGUCCAAAGACUGGUACAAGUCAAUGUUCAAACAGAUCCACAGAAUACCAGAGCCAAUUGAGGAAAACCCUUACCGCCCCACCUACACUUUCCCUGAAAAAUAUGACAGUAAGACGAAUUCAAAAGACGAUGGUCCCAGUCCAUAUGCUUACUUAGAAGACGUAAAAGCAGUCUCACGCUCAAAAAGUGACAUGGAAGUUGAAACAAGAGGCCGAUCGAUGCCCGUGCCAACGAGGUCCUCCUCCCUAAAACCCUCUGCCAAAAGGAACGAGUGGGAGCCUCCGGAUAAAAAGGUAGACACCAGGAAGUACCGUGUCGAGCCCAAGAGCAUCUUCGAGUACGAGCCGGGGAAAUCUUCUGUGCUGAAUGUGGCCAGAACGACACAGGAUGUAAGUCCAGAAGAUGUAGAUUUAGAGAAUGAGCCUUGGUAUAAAUUCUUUUCAGAGAUGGAGUUUGACAAAGCGAGUUCCCCCUCUUUCAGCCCCCUGGAAACAGCCUCCGACCUGCAGCAGUACUCCUCAAGCAAGUCUGGACACAGCCAGGUGGAGGAAGAUGAUGGAUCAUCUACGAGAGAGUCUGGGGCUCCAGAUUGCGACCGCCAAGUUUACAAGAGUGUCCUGGAGGGUGGCGACAUUCCCUUACAAGGUCUAAGGGCCUUAAACAGGCGCCAGGGCAGCUCCUCUUCCUCUAAAGUGGAUUAUAAAGGUGGGAAUGGCUAUAUAAUUUCACCCUGCUCCUCUGUAAAUAGUCGAACGGUUCUUGCCAGUAAUGCAAUAGGUAACCAGUGUAAAAGUAUGAAGCCUCUGUCUGCUGCCAAAGCCUGCAUACCCCAAAUUCUGCCCUCUAAGUUCAAGCCUAACCUGCUGCCACCCAGUGGUGACAGUCAGAGAAGCAGGACUAAAGCUGUCAGGAACCCAAAGGCCCACAGCUGUGAGGAUCUAUACAAUGGGCAAUAUGACAGAGACUAUGCUGAAGAAAGGGAAAGUAGGAAACAGUCAGACUCUGUGUCCAUGCAGAUGUGUGCAGACGGCCUCAGAAAUGAAUCCUGUGCAAUUAGAAGGAGCGCUUCUGAGUUUUCCAGCCUUUAUAAGUCCAUGCAUCGAAUCCAGCAGCCAAGCUCAGCUGGCUGCAGCCCGCACGGCAGCGUCCGCAGCCUAGCCUCUCUUUUUGAGAAGGCAAAAGCAGAGCGGGGUGAAAGGUCAGAGGCAGAUGAUGGGGAUGACAUUCCACGGGAUUCUGUGUCAACACGGGUCACUGAGUUUGAAAUGAUCAUCCAGCAGUCAAGUUCAGCGCCCUGCCGCUCUUCCUCCCUGCCCACCUUGCACUCGAACCACAGCCACAGUCCCACCCACCUCUACAUGGUGUCUGCAGUGUCAGCGGAGUCCCUUUUGAUUGCAGACACCACACAGGCAGUGGCCUGCUCCCCAGUGGAGGCGGAGGGCAAGAGCUCUGAGGAGGAGGACGCACACUCCUCAAUAGAAAUACAAAAUGUAAGGACUGAGUCCCCAUUCGACAUCGAGGCGGAAGUGGAGCAGAUCUUUAAUAAAAGCUCCCAAGAGCUUAUCGACCAUAGUAUCAAUGUAUCAAAGAGUGACUCAGCUCUGCUUUCAGCAUCCCCUCCAAUACACAACCAUGUCCACCACCACCACCACCACGAUCACCUACUGCAAAACCUGAACCAUCAACACCUCCUCAAACCCAGCAAAUGCAAAGGCUCUUGUCCAGCUUCCUACACACGCUUUACAACCAUCCUCAGGCAUGAAAGGCAGCAAGCUCUGACUCAACAGGAGAGGCCUCGACCUCUGGACAAGAGGACCACGCUGCCCGGAAACCUCUUCCUCAUGGGCCCUGCUCCCUUCAGGUUACGUAAGAACUUACAGUCUCACCAAACUCGGAAGACUCUUGCUACCAGGGUGACAAUGGGCAUCGGGAGGCCCUCUGCUCUGUCUCCUGAGCUCAGACCUCUGAUCCCUCAGCGCCUGUCCUCUCUGGAGGUCCUGGAGAGGCUGAGUAACACGGAGGGAGGCGACACUGACCAACUGAGCAACCAGCACUGCUUGGACGCCAACGGAAACCUACUGCAGCUGUUGGCAGCUCACCGCAGAGACUUGUCCCCAACUGGGGAGAGCAAUGAUGAAGUUUUGCGGCGGCGACAUGGAGACAAGGAGAAAAUCUUGGAGGAGCAGCGGCGGCUGAAGCGGGAACAGGAAGAGGCUGACACAGCAUCGAGGCGACACACAGGCAUUGUCCCAACGCACCACCAAUUCAUCACCAACGAGCGCUUUGGAGAUCUGCUCAACAUCACAGAUAACACAGAGAAGAGGAAAUCAGGCAUAGAGAGAACUCCAGCCAUGGCUCGCUUUGACUUCAGAGCUGAAAGUUUAAAGGAGUUACCGUUUCAGAAGGGAGACAUCGUAUACAUAAUUCGACAGGUGGAUCAAAACUGGUAUGAAGGAGAACAUCAUGGAAGAGUAGGAAUUUUCCCUCAAAAUUAUGUUGAGCUGCUUCCCCCCACAGAGAAAGCUCAGCCGAAGAAAAGUGUUCCAGUUCAGGUGCUGGAGUACGGAGAGGCUGUUGCUCGCUUCAACUUCAACGGGGACACAGUGGUGGAAAUGUCCUUCAGAAAGGGAGAGAGAAUCACACUCAUUCGUAGAGUUGAUGAAAACUGGUAUGAAGGCAAAGUCUCUGGAACCAACCGCCAAGGCAUCUUCCCGGUCAGUUAUGUAGAAGUACACAGACGACCUCGUAUCAAAAACGGGGUGGAGUAUCCAGACCCUCCUGUCAGCCAAUCACCGCAGCGCAGCACCAAUGCUUCUCCACAGUUGUAUCGUAAUCGUCUUACCACGUCCCCCCUGCCCCUCCCUCGCUCACCUCGCCGCUCCGUGUCCCCUGAGGUCCACGCUGUGUCCUCUGAGUGGAUCUCUCUGACGGUGGGAGGAGGGAGUCCCCCCGCCGCACCUACCCCUCCCCUGCCACCCCUGCCCAGCGUGUCCUACCGAUGUGGCGAGUACCUGCCCCCACCCUUCUCUGCCAGCCCUGUUCCUCUCAUCAGUGGCAGCCCAUACUGUGUCUCCCCCAUGGCUUCCCCAGCUGCCUCCCCUCUUCCUCCACCUUAUCCGCCCAGGCCUAAUUCAAGUACUCCCUUCCUUACAUUCACACCACCUCAAGGGGAGGACUUCAUGCUCUUCCCUCCCUCACCGCAUCAGUCACCCAGUGUGAGCCCCUGUGGUGGGCCUGUGUUGGAGGGCUGGCUAAGGGGGGAGAAGGAGUUCACUGAGGGGGAAGGUGCAGAGGGGGACAUUGGUCUCUCAGCAGUGGGCAGCAGGAAAAAUAGCCCUGCAGAGUUUGUGAGAAAUGAGGUGGACCUUCAUGGACAAAGCUCCAGAAGCCCUGUGAUGCUGUAUGACAUCCAAGACAACAACAACGUUAACUCCUUUGCGGAGGCAGUGUGUAAUGAGAUCAUGAAUAUAGCUGAAACCUCAGUGAGGUAUUGCAGCAACCUGUCCCACCACCCUAAUGACUCUGUCCACAGUCUGCUCUCCAAUCCCAGUAAACAAUCUUUCAUCAUUUCCCAGCAACCUCAUUCCCACAAUAGCAGCCCAGAGCCAAACCGUCCCAAAUGUGGAAUCUUCAAAGCUCUGUACAGUUACAUGCCACAGAACGAGGAUGAGCUGGAGCUUCAUGAGGGUGACCUCGUCAGUGUUAUGGAGAAAUGUGAUGAUGGCUGGUUUGUUGGUACAUCAAACAGAACAAAGCAGUUUGGGACUUUUCCUGGGAAUUACGUGAGGGAGGCGAAACUGUAAAGACACCAUAUCUAGCUGUAACACGUGUUGCCUGUCGAGCUUAGAGAAUUAAUUCUAUUUCGCAUGACUGUUGGUUAAUAUAGUCAUUUAGCCAGGCAAAUGCAGUUUGUUUGGGAAAGUGAAUGGUUUAGCCAGAGGUAUGUCAAACUGCACGAGGCGGGAAUGAAGACAGCGCACUGCUGAGACCUCAGCGGUGUGUACACUUUGACCACAUUUGACACUUUUUGACGUAUAAACUCUCUACGGGUGAAAUUUGUUCAUCAAGAUAUCACAAACUAGAAUGUAAUGAUAGCAGCUUGUUCAAUAGAGGUAACGACCCUCAGUCUGUCCAUGUUAUUUACAGUAUUAAAGUGUUUACUUGGCAGCUCAGUCUGGAGGCUGGUGUCGAUCUAAAGCCUCCUGCUGAGACGGGCACAGUCCAGGGUUUUCUCACGUUGGUAGAGGAUAUUAGUCUUUUGAGACAUGUUCCUUCUGAAAUCUUGCACAAAUAUUUUGUAACACAGUAUCAAGACAUGCUCCCUAUACUCUGACAAUGCAAAUGGAGUGAGUUGUGGUGUAAAGUCAUUCUGUACUAGAAGCAUUAUCUGAUAAGGGAUAUUAGACUAUUGAGGAAAUCUUGAAUGAUAUUUCAUUAUAGUGUACCAAAAUAUGCUAGCAUUAUUCUUACAAUACGCCCACCCCUGUUUGAAGACAUAAAGAAAAGGUGCAGAGCUGUAGCCUCUGCAGUGUGUCCGGGCUUCAGUGGAGCUUUUCAACAGAGUGGAUUGAAACGCUGAGGUAGAAAUGAAGGACUUAGAACGUGUUAUUACUUCAUGUUGGUUUGGAACUGUUAGAGUCAUGGAUGUUGCUUCAUGAGAACUAAUACCCAUCCUAUGUUUUCAGAAAACAUGUAUUUGUAUAUUUAUAACUCUAUUGUUAAAAUAGACCUAAGCUUUUUGUCUAACAGCUGGGGCCUGUAGGUUCCCAGGCGCCAGCACGACCACAGGACAAGGGUGGUAGCACUUAACUCCUUGUUGAGUACCAACUAACAUGAUAACAGAUCGAUCAGUGAUGAACUAAGAAUAAUCAUUUUCUGAUUUAUGCCAUCACUGACUGAGUCAUGUUAAUGCGUGAAGCGUACUUUGAGAGACCUUAUACACUACCAGUCAAAAGUUUGGACACACCUUCUCAUUCAAUGGUUUUUAUUUCCUUUAAUUAUUUUCAACAUUGUAGAUUAAUA